AUGCACCAGCCGCUCGUGGGCCUGUUGACCCUGCCCAGCGUGCCGGGACUGGACGUAGCUGGCAUCGUGACGCAGUCGCCGGGUGAUCGAGUGUACUAUCACGGCAACCUCCGCAAUCCACACGGCGGUCUCGCCGAUUACGCUGUGGUUAGUGCCCACACGGUUGCCCGCGUGCCCGAGAGCGUUAGCUUUGCCGCCGCCGCGGCUGUGCCGUGUGCGGGCUUCACCGCCUACCAGGCCCUCCACCGCAAGCUGCACCUGGCCACGAUCGCAGGACUCAAGCCGAUCAUCGCCACCUGCUCAGCCAGCAAUGUCGACUAUGUGCGCGCGCUUGGUGCUAACGAGGUCAUCGACUACACCAGCGAGAACGUCGUCGAGCGUGUCCUAGCCAUCACCGAUGGAGUCGGCGUGGAUUGCGCGGUGGACUGUGUAAGCGGCGAGAGCGCUACGUCGCUGCUGCCUGCGAUCGCCUUCAACGGCGGCAUAGUGACCAUCGUGGGCGAGGUGCAGGGUGCAGUGCCCGAACAGGGCCGCGCGAUCUCGGUGCACGGUCUGGCCCUCGGUGGAGCCUACGGCAGUCCAAAGAGGUUCAAGGACCAGCAAGACCUGAAGACGAUGGCCGACGAGAUGAUGUCUCUGCUGGCGGCCGGGCGGAUCGCUCCCACGGUCUGCAAGCAGGUCGGCCUCGCCGACGUCCCGCAGGCCCUGAGAGACCUCGAAACGCGUCGCAUCGUGGGCAAAAUGGUGGUGGUCCCAUGA